CGAGCUGUCAAAAAUUAAACGCAAAUCCAUUCGCAAAUCAGAACUGCAACAUUUUAUAUCUAAGUAUCUACUCAGUGAAAUAAUGAAGUUAUCAAUCGAAUCAUGUCGAUUACGACACAAUCACUAGUCCGCGUUAGUGUUCGACGCUCGUGAUCCAGCUGUGCACGCACUCGGCGACAUGUAUUGUUUGCAAUGGCUAAUCCCUGUGCUCCUGAUCCCGAAGCCCGUGAACCCGGCUUUAGUGAACACACACGUCAUGUUUAUGGUGUUGUAUUUAAUAGGAUUCUUCCUCGAGAGGAAGCCGUGUACCGUGUGCAGUGUCGUCUUCCUCGCAGCCGUGAUAUUAAUUUGUUAUAGCGGCAUCGGUAACUGCUUGUUCUGGGCCAGUCAGUGCGAAGAGAAGUACGAUACUUAACUGGGCCGCCAGUUCUUCCAGAGUUACCUACCCAAGUGCUCAAAAUGCAAAAUAUUGCCCUUGCCAAGGAAGGGCCAGAAAAAAUCAUGAAAAUGUGAGGCUGAACAUCAACACCAUUGCCUAGUGCAUGGUUAAAAAUUUUAUGAUUUUCUUUGUAUAUUUUUGUAAAUAGAUGUUUUUUAUUUAUUUACAUCUCGUACCAUAAUAAUGUUGUAUUGAAUAUGAAUAUUCCAAUUGGAAAUAAUGUGCCGAUCUGUACUUAGUAUCUGUAUUGUUAUGUUGGUAAUAAAACAUUAUGUACAUAUUGUUGUUAAUACUUCUAAUAUUAUUAUAAUGUGAAUUACUAUUAGGAAAA